GAUCCCUUUCAAAGAUGGCCGCCCUGUUGUUUUGAUGAAUAAUACUUGGUGGGGCGAGGGGGUAAGAGUAGGGGUGGAGGGGUAGGAGGAUUUACUCUUCCAGCCAGAGCAUCGCGAGUCCGGUCCUCCCCCUCCCCCUUGCCCAGGCUCCGGCGUGGAGGCGGGGCGUGGCCGGCCUGCUUUGGGAGGGGAGGAGCUUCCCUCCUCAGUGCUGGGCUCUGCCUGGGCGGCUCUGGGGUCGCCUUGCCUCGGGGCACCCACUCUGCAGUUGAACACUUCCCGCCAGGGGGAAAGGGCUGGAAGGAGAGCACGAUCUGCUGGAGGAAGCGCAGCUGCCGCGCCACCACCACGAAGACACAGUAGGCUCCGGGCACGAGGAGAGCUGGAGACCGAGCUCCCUAGUCUGGGUAACCUGGGAAGCAGAGGGUAAAAAGUGGCGCCUUACGAUAACCCUGUAGCAGCAGCAGUGGCGGUCAAAGGAGGCUGGUCGUGGCGUAAGCAGCUGUAGGAGUCUCUGGGGCAAUUGCAGUGACCGACGCCAAGGCAUUUCACUGCCCCUCGUGUUCUUAUUUUUUAACCUCUGACUAUGCAGUUCUGAAACCUCCCCCAUUCGGGGGACCAGACAGCCCGAUAGACACCUUCCACUCUCCUCCCGCCCUGGUCUCAAAGAACAGAAGAUCUCUCCUUAACGCCUUUCACCAUUAAGAGGAAAGCGAUGGAGGAGCUGAGCGCUGACGAGAUCCGACGGAGGCGCCUCGCACGACUUGCUGGUGGACAGACCUCCCAGCCAACCACCCCGCUCACCUCUCCCCAGAGGGAGAACCCUCCGGGGCCUCCUAUAGCAGCAUCAGCCCCAGGCCCGUCCCAGAGUCUUGGUCUCAAUGUCCACAACAUGACCCCAGCUACCUCCCCCAUAGGUGCAUCAGGAGUAGCCCAUCGAAGCCAGAGCAGUGAAGGAGUCAGUUCUCUCAGCAGCUCGCCCUCCAAUAGCCUUGAAACACAAUCUCAGUCUCUCUCACGUUCCCAGAGCAUGGAUAUCGAUGGAGUCUCUUGUGAAAAAAGCAUGUCCCAGGUGGAUGUGGAUUCGGGUAUUGAAAAUAUGGAAGUUGAUGAAAAUGACCGAAGAGAAAAAAGGAGCCUCAGCGAUAAGGAGCCUUCAUCAGGUUCUGAAGUGUCUGAAGAACAGGCCUUACAGCUGGUCUGUAAGAUCUUCCGUGUCUCCUGGAAGGACCGGGACAGAGAUGUCAUCUUUCUUUCUUCUCUUUCUGCACAAUUUAAGCAGAACCCAAAAGAAGUGUUCUCUGAUUUUAAGGACUUGAUUGGCCAGAUUUUAAUGGAAGUGCUAAUGAUGUCCACUCAGACUAGAGAUGAAAACCCAUUUGCCAGUCUGACAGCCACAUCCCAGCCAAUUGCAGCGGCAGCUCGGUCACCAGACAGAAAUCUCAUGCUAAAUACCGGCUCCAAUCCAGGAACAAGCCCCAUGUUCUGCAGCGUGGGUUCCUUCGGUGCCAGCUCUUUAUCUAGCUUGGGAGCCUCUGGUGGGGCAAGUACUUGGGAUUCCUACAGCGACCAUUUCACCAUUGAGACGUGCAAAGAGACAGAUAUGCUGAACUACCUCAUCGAGUGUUUUGACCGAGUUGGAAUAGAGGAAAAAAAAGCACCGAAGAUGUGCAGCCAGCCAGCAGUCAGCCAGCUUCUGAGCAACAUCCGCUCACAGUGCAUAUCCCAUACUGCGUUAGUACUACAAGGGUCCCUCACACAACCAAGGUCCCUGCAGCAGCCAUCCUUCCUGGUGCCGUACAUGCUGUGUAGGAAUCUUCCAUACGGCUUCAUUCAAGAACUGGUGAGAACCACUCACCAGGAUGAAGAAGUGUUCAAGCAGAUCUUUAUCCCCAUUUUACAAGGCCUGGCUCUUGCUGCCAAAGAGUGCUCCCUCGAUAGUGACUACUUUAAAUACCCCCUCAUGGCUUUAGGUGAGCUCUGUGAAACCAAGUUUGGAAAGACACACCCUGUGUGCAAUUUGGUUGCUUCUUUGCCUUUGUGGUUGCCUAAAUCCUUAAGCCCUGGCUCCGGGCGGGAGCUGCAGAGACUCUCGUAUUUGGGGGCUUUCUUUAGCUUCUCAGUCUUUGCAGAAGAUGAUGCAAAAGUGGUUGAAAAAUAUUUCUCAGGGCCUGCCAUUACCCUGGAAAACACUCGUGUGGUGAGCCAAUCACUGCAGCAUUACUUGGAGCUGGGAAGGCAAGAGCUUUUCAAGAUUCUGCAUAGUAUUUUGUUAAACGGAGAAACCCGUGAGGCUGCUCUUGGUUACAUGGCAGCUGUCGUCAAUGCCAAUAUGAAGAAAGCACAGAUGCAGACGGAUGAUAGGUUGGUAUCUACAGACGGAUUGAUGCUGAAUUUCCUUUGGGUGCUGCAGCAGCUAAGCACAAAGAUCAAGUUAGAGACGGUCGACCCCACGUACAUAUUCCACCCGAGGUGUCGGAUUACUCUUCCCAGCGAUGAGACGAGAGUGAAUGCAACGAUGGAGGACGUGAAUGACUGGCUGACUGAACUUUAUGGAGAUCAACCUCCAUUUUCUGAGCCGAAAUUCCCUACGGAAUGCUUCUUUCUUACCCUGCACGCCCACCAUCUCUCAAUUCUGCCGGGUUGCCGACGCUACAUCCGCAGGCUCCGGGCCAUCCGGGAGCUCAACAGAACUGUGGAAGAUUUGAAAAACAAUGAAAGCCAAUGGAAAGACUCCCCACUGGCAGCUAGACACCGUGAAAUGCUGAAGCGCUGCAAAACUCAGCUUAAGAAACUGGUACGAUGCAAGGCCUGUGCUGACGCUGGUCUGCUUGACGAGGGCUUCCUGAGAAGAUGUCUGCAUUUCUACGGCCUUCUCAUUCAGCUGCUGCUCCGCAUCCUGGACCCUGCGUAUCCCGCUGUCACACUGCCUUUAAGUUCAGAUGUCCCCAAGGUAUUUGCAGCAUUGCCUGAGUUUUAUGUAGAAGAUGUUGCUGAAUUUUUAUUUUUUAUUGUACAAUACUCUCCUCAGGUGCUUUAUGAGCCCUGUACUCAGGAUAUUGUGAUGUUCCUCGUUGUGAUGUUGUGUAACCAGAACUACAUCCGAAAUCCGUAUCUGGUGGCCAAACUCGUAGAAGUCAUGUUUAUGACUAACCCUGCUGUUCAGCCACGGACCCAGAAGUUUUUUGAAAUGAUUGAGAACCAUCCUCUCUCCACCAAGCUGUUGGUCCCUUCCCUGAUGAAGUUUUAUACAGAUGUUGAGCAUACCGGAGCCACCAGCGAGUUCUAUGACAAGUUCACCAUUCGCUAUCAUAUUAGCACCAUUUUUAAAAGCCUUUGGCAAAAUAUAGCUCACCAUGGCACCUUUAUGGAGGAGUUCAAUUCCGGGAAGCAGUUUGUCCGCUAUAUAAACAUGCUGAUAAACGACACGACAUUUUUGCUCGAUGAAAGCCUGGAGUCUCUGAAGCGGAUCCACGAAGUGCAAGAAGAGAUGAAGAACAAAGAACAGUGGGACCAGCUGCCCCGGGACCAGCAGCAGGCCCGCCAGUCCCAGCUCGCUCAGGAUGAACGCGUUUCACGCUCGUAUCUUGCCCUGGCGACAGAAACCGUGGACAUGUUCCAUAUCCUCACCAAGCAGGUCCAGAAGCCGUUCCUCAGACCUGAACUCGGACCCCGAUUGGCUGCAAUGCUGAACUUUAAUCUUCAGCAACUCUGUGGUCCUAAGUGCCGUGACCUGAAAGUUGAAAACCCUGAGAAAUAUGGCUUUGAACCAAAGAAGCUGUUGGACCAACUGACGGAUAUUUACUUGCAGCUGGACUGUGCCCGGUUCGCUAAAGCCAUUGCUGACGACCAGAGAUCCUACAGCAAAGAAUUGUUUGAAGAAGUUAUUUCGAAGAUGCGGAAGGCAGGGAUCAAAUCCACAAUAGCGAUAGAGAAGUUUAAACUUCUGGCUGAGAAGGUGGAGGAGAUCGUGGCCAAGAACGCACGUGCAGAAAUCGACUACAGUGACGCCCCAGACGAGUUCAGAGACCCUCUGAUGGACACCCUGAUGACUGACCCCGUGCGGCUGCCCUCUGGCACCAUCAUGGACCGCUCCAUCAUCCUGCGGCACUUGCUAAACUCCCCCACGGACCCCUUCAACCGACAGACGCUGACAGAGAGCAUGCUGGAACCAGUGCCAGAACUGAAAGAACAGAUUCAUGCCUGGAUGAGAGAGAAACAGAACAAUGAUCAUUAAACCAUCCCCCUUGCCCACCCUCUGCGAGAAACAGCCAAGGCCGGCGAGGCAGGCCGGAGCAGCGUCGGCGGUGCAAAUGCUGUUCACGUGUUGGAGGCCAGAAGUGGCAAAAUACACCAAGAGCCCACCCAGAGUGACCAAACAGUGGAGACCCGAAAGGACAUGAAUAAGAAGAGGAGCCCAAUUCCUGUACAUAUAUUUAAGUGACAGACGUGGUCAAAAGCUUGAGGGAUACGUUUUAUGAUUGCUUGUGUAAUAGAGCACGUCCUUCAUGUGUCACAAUUUGGGGCUUUUGCUGCGGAAGUCUUUUAGUGAUCGAUGAUGAAUGGGUCUGGGCAGCAUCCCCUUAAUGUUUUUUUUUUGUUUUGUUUUGUUUUUCCUAAAUCCAGUAUCCAUUGAUUUUGAUUGUGAUUAGAGAACCUUGGACAUUUUGCUGCUAAGAAUCUUCCCCCCGCCCCCCGCCGGCCCCAUCCUGAUCCUACUUGCACUGCUGUGGAUUUUUUUUAAGAGAAGCAAAAACAAAAAUAAACUCUUUUCCCUGGCCCUCCAAACAUAUAUUCUGUGAGAUAACUGUGCCUGCAACAAAGUGUUAAUCCUGGGAUCGUAUUUUUAUAUCAUAUUCACAUAUUUGUUUUUUUAAUUGGUGUUAGAUGACAUGAUUAAUAAAAAAGGCAAGAUAUUUUCAGAAUUUGAAUUUCAGUUUUUUUUUUUUUAUUAUUUUGAAAUGUCCCUUAAAAUUUUUUUUUAUUCUAAACAAAAUGAAGAGAAUCCUGUUGCUCUGGUCCUGGUAGUAAGUCCACGAUUAGGAAUCUGAGGAACAGCUGCAGCAAAGGACGCGUUUAAGUGUAUCAGGAUUUCGCAUCUUACGGUUUGGGAGGGGGUUGGGGUUUUUUUAAUGCUAUGUGACAGUUGGAAACCUUUAUAGUUAUCUGCGAGGGUAAAUAAAUUCCUCAACCCUUGAGUCUGUGAGUUCAAGGCAGGGGUCGUUUGUAUGAUGUGUCCUGUGGGGCUUGGCCUUACCAAAGCAAAAAAGGGGUGCAAGAAAUGUGGAAGUACGUCUGCUUGUAAAAACACACACGAAGAAAAACACACCCACACACACGCACAUAAACAUAAGAUUUUUUGUAUUACUGCUCCCCACUUACCAUACUCGGAUUCUUGAAUCUCCUUUGGGGUAAAAAAGGAUUUGAAACCAUAAAGUGUUUUGAAGAAAUUAAGUCUACAAAAACAUACUUUCUUUUUCUUUUCCUUUCUUCCCCGCUCCACAGACAAUGUCCUCUGUUCAGUUCCUAACGCAAACUACAAUAAAUGGUGAUACACA